AUGAGCAAAAUUAUAAUGUCUAAAGCCACAAACGCCAGCAGCAAUAAAAUGAAAGACAGGGAGUGGGUGCGAAUAGCCGAGCAGUUUAAUGCUACGGCAACAAAUUGUCGUCGGACACCACAACAGCUUUGGCUGAAGUGGAAGAAUUUAAAGAAGAAUGCACGUAAACGUUGCACCAAAAUAAGAAUGAACACCAUAAAAACUGGCGGUGGUGUUGGUGAGUAUAUACCCCCAGACAAAAUACUGGAUCGUAUUACCAGUUUAUUGGGGAAUACAGCCAGUGGAUUAGUUGUUCCUUAUGGGGGAGAUAAGGAACCUGACCACUUUGUAGUGAUUUGUAAUGGUGGUGGUAUUUUGCCAAAUGGUGAUGGUGUAGAGGAAUUAGGUGGUGAUGCUAGGGUCAAUCAAGAAAUCCUAGAGUUUCAGGACAUACCAGUACCAGAUCCACAAAUGGAAACGGUUGUGACCCCUACUUCUCCACAUUCAGCAAUGACUCAGGUAAAAGGAAAUUGCAGAAUGAUGGGUCCAUAUCUGCUAGAGACUUUGCCAUUGCAGAAUAUUAUACCUUUAAAAAAACAGUGCCUAGAGUCAAAAUUAGAUAAUAUAAAAUUAGAAAAUAAAAAACUUAAAUUAGAAAAUGAAAAACUUUUAUUAGAAAUAGAAAAUUUUAAGAAACAGUUAUUUGUGUAA